AUGGAGGUGACCUGCCUUCUACUUCUGGCGCUGAUCCCCUUCCACUGCCGGGGACAAGGAGUCUACGCUCCAGCCCAGGCUCAGAUCAUGCACGCGGGCCAGGCAUGUGUGGUGAAAGAGGACAACAUCAGUGAGCGCGUCUACACCAUCCGGGAGGGGGACACCCUUGUGCUGCAGUGCCUCGUCACUGGGCACCCUCGGCCCCAGGUGCGUUGGACUAAGACAGCUGGGAGCGCUUCGGACAAAUUCCAGGAGACGUCGGUGUUCAAUGAGACGCUUCGCAUCGAGCGCAUUGCACGCACGCAGGGUGGCCGCUACUACUGCAAGGCUGAGAACGGCGUGGGCGUACCCGCCAUCAAGUCCAUCCGGGUGGACGUGCAGUACCUGGACGAGCCAGUAUUGACGGUGCACCAGACGGUGAGCGAUGUCCGAGGCAACUUCUACCAGGAGAAGACGGUGUUCCUGCGCUGUACGGUCAACUCCAACCCACCUGCCCGUUUCAUCUGGAAGCGGGGCUCCGACACCCUGUCUCACAGCCAGGACAAUGGGGUUGACAUCUAUGAGCCCCUCUACACCCAGGGGGAGACCAAGGUCCUGAAGCUGAAGAAUCUGCGGCCCCAGGACUAUGCCAGCUACACCUGCCAGGUGUCUGUACGAAACGUGUGCGGCAUCCCGGACAAGGCUGUCACCUUCCAGCUCACCAACACCACGGCACCUCCAGCCCUGAAGCUGUCUGUGAACGAAACUCUGGUGGUGAACCCUGGGGAGAAUGUGACAGUCCAGUGUCUGCUGACUGGUGGUGAUCCCCUCCCCCAACUGCAGUGGUCCCAUGGGCCAGGCCCGCUGCCCCUGGGUGCUCUGGCCCAGGGUGGCACCCUCAGCAUCCCUUCAGUGCAGGCCCGAGACUCUGGCUACUACAACUGCACAGCUACCAACAAUGUGGGCAACCCUGCCAAGAAGACUGUCAACCUCCUGGUCAGAUCCAUGAAGAACGCCACAUUCCAGAUCACCCCAGAUGUGAUCAAAGAGAGUGAGAACAUACAGCUGGGCCAGGAUCUGAAGCUGUCAUGCCACGUGGAUGCCGUGCCCCAGGAGAAGGUGACCUACCAGUGGUUCAAGAACGGCAAGCCAGCACGCAUGUCCAAGAGGCUGCUGGUGACUCGCAAUGACCCUGAGUUGCCUGCCGUCACCAGCAGCCUAGAGCUCAUUGACCUGCACUUCAGUGACUACGGCACCUACCUGUGUGUGGCUUCCUUCCCGGGGGCACCUGUGCCCGACCUGAGUGUCGAGGUCAACAUCUCCUCUGAGACAGUGCCGCCCACCAUCAGCGUGCCCAAGGGCAGGGCCGUGGUGACUGUGCGCGAGGGCUCACCUGCUGAGCUGCAGUGCGAAGUGCGAGGCAAGCCGCGGCCGCCUGUGCUGUGGUCCCGCGUGGACAAGGAGGCCGCGUUGCUGCCGUCGGGGCUGCCCUUGGAGGAGACCUCGGAUGGGAAGCUGCGGCUGGAGCGCGUGAGCCGCGACAUGAGUGGGACCUACCGCUGCCAGACCGCUCGCUAUAAUGGCUUCAACGUGCGCCCGCGAGAGGCCCAGGUGCAGCUGAACGUCCAGUUCCCGCCGGAGGUGGAGCCCGGCUCCCAGGACGUGCGCCAGGCGCUGGGCCGGCCGGUGCUCCUGCGCUGCUCGCUGCUUCGAGGCAGCCCCCAGCGCAUCGCCUCGGCUGUGUGGCGCUUCAAGGGGCAGCUGCUGCCUCCGCCGCCUGCCGUCCCCGUCGCCGCCGAGGCCCCCGACCACUCCGAGCUACGCCUCGACGCCGUCACUCGUGAGAGCAGUGGCAGCUACGAGUGCAGCGUCUCCAACGACGUGGGCUCGGCCGCCUGCCUGUUCCAGGUCUCGGCCAAAGCCUACAGCCCGGAGUUUUACUUCGACACCCCCAACCCCACCCGCAGCCACAAGCUGUCCAAGAACUACUCCUACGUGCUGCAGUGGACCCAGAGGGAGCCUGACGCCGUCGACCCCGUGCUCAACUACAGACUCAGUGUCCGCCAGCUGAAUCAGCACAACGCCCUGGUGAAGGCCAUCCCGGUGCGGCGUGUGGAGAAGGGGCAGCUGCUGGAGUACAUCCUGACCGACCUCCGAGUGCCCCACAGCUACGAGGUCCGCCUCACGCCCUACACCACUUUUGGGGCUGGAGAUAUGGCCUCCCGCAUCAUCCACUACACGGAGCCCAUCAGCUCUCCCAGUUUGUCAGACAACACCUGCCACUUUGAGGAUGAGAAGAUCUGUGGCUACACCCAGGACCUGACAGACAAUUUUGACUGGACCCGGCAGAAUGCCCUCACCCAGAACCCCAAGCGCUCCCCCAACACUGGUCCCCCCACUGACAUAAGUGGCACCCCUGAGGGCUACUACAUGUUCAUUGAGACGUCAAGGCCCCGGGAGCUGGGAGACCGUGCGAGGUUGGUGAGUCCCCUGUACAACGCCAGCGCCAAGUUCUACUGCGUCUCCUUCUUCUAUCACAUGUACGGAAAGCACAUCGGCUCCCUCAACCUCCUGGUGCGGUCCCGGAACAAAGGGGCCCUGGACACGCACGCUUGGUCCCUCAGUGGCAAUAAGGGCAACGUGUGGCAGCAGGCGCAUGUGCCCAUCAACCCGAGCGGGCCCUUCCAGAUUAUUUUUGAGGGUGUCCGAGGCUCGGGAUACCUGGGGGAUAUCGCCAUAGAUGACGUCACCCUGAAGAAGGGGGAGUGUCCCAGGAAGCAGAUGGAUCCCAAUAAAGUGGUGGUGAUGCCGGGCAGUGCAGCCCCCCGCCAGCCCCUCCUGCAGCUCUGGGGGCCUGUGGCCGCCUUCCUCCUGGCGUUGCAGAGAUGA